AUUGGCGCCGUGACAGAGAAAAGAGAGAUGAUCACGAUGAACUGUGCAGCUUGAGAAGUGAGGGUGGCAGUGUUCGAGGAUUCUCCAGAGGCAGAGGAAGAAGUAGAGGCAGAGGAAGAGGACGAGGCAGAGGAAACCCUAGAAUGAGCUUUGAAUAUUCAGUUGAUUAUCAAGAACUGUAUGGUGAAGGCACUGACCAACUAUUUCAACCUGAGCUUAAUGCUAGUAUAAUGUAUUACUAUGAUGCUGGAACAGGAGUGCAGAUAUAUUCUGUGGAUGAAGCACUUCUCAAAGAAUAUAUAAAACAUCAAAUUGAGUAUUAUUUCAGCACAGAAAAUUUGGAAAGAGACUUCUUUCUGAGGAGGAAGAUGGACCAACAAGGAUUUCUGCCUGUUUCAUUGAUUGCUAGCUUCCGUCGGAUGCAAGCUCUGACUACAAAUGCUACACUCAUUUUGGAGGCCCUGAAGGACAGUACAGAAGUUGAAACUGUGGAUCAGAAGAUAAGAAAAAGGGUUGAUCCAGAAAAGUGGCCGAUUCCAGGUCCCCCUCCGUGCAGUCUACCACCGACUGACUUUUCUCAGCUCAUCAAUUGUCCAGAAUUCGUACCAGGCCAAUGUUUUGGCUCGCAUACUGAGUCUGCACCAAGUUCUCCAAGAAUGGGAAGCCUGCAGAGUCCAAAGGAAAACAUUGAAACGCGUAAUUUUCAGGCAAUGUCUAAAGGAUUAUCUACAAGUUUGCCUGACUUGGACUCUGAACCUUGGAUAGAAGUGAAGAAGAGGCAUCAUGCAUCCACGGUCAAAUUAAAGGCAAACGUUCCUAUACCUGAUCAAACAUCAGAUCAACCACAGCCUCCCCCACCUCCAGAGGAACAAGAAGAACUUGAUUUUUUGUUUGAUGAGGAGAUGGAACAAAUUCAAGGUCGGAAGAAUGAAUUUGCUGAUUGGUCAGAAAGCGAUUCAGAUUAUGAAAUUGAUGAUCAGGAUGUAAACAAGAUUUUGAUUGUAACACAGACACCACCAUAUAUGAGAAAACAUCCUACUGGAGGUUGUACUUACAACCACCUAUGCCAUGCAAAAAUUACAUCAGAACUUGCUAAAGUUAUUAAUGAUGGCUUAUACUAUUAUGAACAGGAUUUGUGGAUGCAGCAGAGUGAAAAUGACACUAGCAUAAAGCAAGAGAUUGAGGACUUUAAGAAGCUAAAUCUUGGCAGCGAGGAAGAAUUUGGUAAUCUUGCAUCAGAACCAAUUGCUGAUCCAACCCAAGAAGUUCCUCCAGAACCUCCGGGGUUACGAAAAGAUGUAGCCGAGGAGCUGUCUUGUCAUUUGUUAAGUACUGCAGUACCUCCAACAGCAGUGAUGACUCGAUCGCUGCCAACAGCAGUUCCGGACUACCCUUGCGUUCACCCUGGCUUCACCCCACGAACGCCUCGCACCCCGAGGCUACAGGAUCCCAACAAAACACCCAGGUUCUAUCCUGUUGUUAAAGAAGCAAGAUCCAUUGAUGUAAAGACUCCAAGGAAAAGAAAAACACGACACAGUACAAAUCCUCCUUUGGAGUCCCACGUGGGCUGGGUGAUGGAUUCCAGAGACCACAGGUCAAGAACUUCCUCUGUGAGCAGUUCCAAUGCUUCACCUUCAGAAGAAGCUCCACUAGCAGGAAGCUACGAGUGUACCCCAAAUUCUCUUCCAAAGCUUCAGCAUUCUUCCCAUGAACUGUUAAAAGAAAAUGGCUUUACUCAAGAGGUGUACCACAAAUACCAUCGAAGGUGUCUAAUGGAGAGGAAACGGUUGGGAAUUGGCCAGUCCCAAGAAAUGAACACACUUUUUCGUUUCUGGUCCUUUUUUCUGAGAGAUCACUUUAACAAGAAAAUGUAUGAAGAGUUCAGGCAACUUGCUCUGGAUGAUGCAAAAGAACACUACAGGUAUGGAUUGGAAUGCUUGUUUAGAUUUUACAGCUAUGGCCUAGAAAAGAAAUUCAGGCAAGAAAUAUUCAAGGAUUUCCAAGAAGAAACAAAGAGAGACUAUGAAGCUGGUCAGCUCUAUGGACUGGAAAAAUUUUGGGCUUAUUUAAAGUACUCUCAGUAUGAGACUCCAGCCAUUGACCCCAAGCUGCAAGAAUACCUUAGCAAAUUUAAGAGACUGGAGGACUUCAAAGUGGAUCCUCCUAUUAGUGAAGAAUCUGGCAGAAAGAGACCGGUAGCUGCAGCAGAUGAGGAUUCAGGGCAUCGCAGACAUCAGUAUAAUUCAUCUAAAACACUUCUUGCGGCUAAAGCCAUGGCUGCCUGUCAGUGCCAGGCACUGGGAAACUUAACCAGCGCGAAUGCUCUGCAAGUGUCCAUAGGCCCUAACAGCGCUCCCACAAAAUCUAUAGAAAGUGAUGUUCCAGAAAAGUAG